AUGCCGGUACAGCAGCUGGAGCAAGCGGAAAGUGAUAAAGGAGAGAGGGACGUAGAGAAAGAAGGAGGAAGGCUUAAGAGAGGUGUGAAAUUAAAGAAGGAAAAGGAAAGUGAUAAAGGAGAGAGGGACGUAGAGAAAGAAGGAGGAAGGCUUAAGAGAGGUGUGAAAUUAAAGAAGGAAAAGGAAAGUGAUAAAGGAGAGAGGGACGUAGAGAAAGAAGGAGGAAGGCUUAAGAGAGGUGUGAAAUUAAAGAAGGAAAAGGAAAGUGAUAAAGGAGAGAGUGACGUUGAGAAAGGAGAAAGUGAAGGAGGACUCAUAAUGCCACCAAAAAGAAAGGAGGUUACAGUCGGUGCUUGUAAUGAAAAUAUAAAAAGACGAAAAGCCAUAACAUUAGAAACAAAAUUGAACAUCAUAACAGACCAUGAUGCUGGAAAUACCACUAAAGAAGUAGCUACCAAAUAUUCACUAAGUAAAUCAACUGUGAGUACAAUUUUGAAAGACAGAGAAAAAUAUUUAAAGGAGGUAAAAAAUGCGCAAUCCCUGCAUUCUACUUGGAUACGAACCAAGGAAAAUAAAAGCCUUAUUCCUCACAUGGAAAAACUUUUAACAGCAUGGAUAAGUGAUCAAACUGGACGGCUCCAUAUGCCUGUUACCUAUGCUACCAUUUGUGCUAAAGCUUUAUCACUUUUUGAGAUGCUGAAACAAAGAAAAGGAGGCAACGUUGAAGAAACAUUUUCUGCAAGCAGUGGGUGGUUUGAUCGGUACAAAAAAAGAGCUGGUUGGCAUAACAUAAAAAUCCUUGGAAAAUCAGCAAGUGCUGAUACAGAAGCGGCUAAAUUAUUUCCUGCUAAGUUGGCAGAAAUAUUGGAAGAGGGAAAUUACUCGCCAUCACAGGUUUUCAAUGCAGAUGAAACCGGUCUCUUUUGGAAGCGCAUGCCAUCAAGAAGCUACAUUGCAAAAGAAGAAUCAUCAAUGCCCGGUUUUAAACCAGCGAAAGAUCGACUAACUUUAUUGCUUGGUGGGAAUGCAGCUGGAGACUGUAAGUUAAAACCCAUGAUGGUGCAUCGUGCAGAAAACCCUAGGGCACUUAAAGGAAUUGUGAAAAGCACACUGCCAGUCAUAUGGAAAGCCAAUAAAAAAGGGUGGGUUACUGCUUCGUUGUUUGAAGACUGGUUCUCACAUUAUUUUGUACCUGAAGUGAAAAAAUAUUGUGAAGAUAAAUCAAUACCUUUUCAAGUUAUUCUGCUUGUAGAUAAUGCACCCGGUCAUCCACCCUCUCUUCAACAUCACCACCCUAACGUCAAAAUCAUAUUCUUGCCACCAAAUACAACUUCCAUUUUGCAACCAAUGGACCAAGGAGUUAUCACCACAUUUAAAGCACUGUACCUUCGGCAAACAUUUGAAAUGUUGAUUAAAGCAACAGAUAAUGAGACAGGUCCAAGUCUUAAAGAUUUUUGGAGAAAAUCAUUUAAUAUUUUAGAUGCAAUAAAAAUUACAGCAUAUGCCUGGAACAAAAUUUCAGAGACAACCAUGAAAGGUGUUUGGAAAAAGCUCUGCCCUCAGUUGUUUGGUACUAAUGUUGAAUGGUUUGAAGAACCAGCAGAAAUUGUACAGCAGAACACAGAAGCAAUUGUUACUCUUGCCAACAGAUUGGACCUGGACAUCUCUGUAACUGACAUAAAUGACCUUCUUGAAGCGCACAAGGAAGAACUUACAAAUGAAGACCUCUUAGAUAUGGAAGAACAAGAGGAAGUUGAAGAGGUAGAAGAUGUUACAGCACCUGAAACUCCUGUUCAUUCUUUCACUUUGAAAGGCCUCGAGGAAGCAUUUCAACACAUGGAAAAGGCAAUUCAAGAUUCUAACUUUGAGAGAAAUACCAAAGUUGCUAGAGAUCUAAGAAAUGCCUAUGCCUGCUAUAAAGAAAUUUACAACGAAAAGAAAAGAAUGUGUUGGAAGCAAACCAAUAUCACAGCUUGUCUACAGAAAGCUGCUGUGACUAGCUCUGUCUCAAACGAACCAGAAACAAGUGAGGUGCAGCCUUCAACAAGUACCAAACAACUGAGGGAGGACUGUGGGGUGCCCCAUUCAUCAAGUGCAACAUGUCUCUUCAUUGAGGACGAUGAUGAUUGA